AUUUUAGCUGUGGUUCUUUCAAUGGCUGUAACGGAUGCUAAUGAGGUUGCUUUGAAAAUAGUAUUGGUGGAGUUGCUGAAAACAGUAUCAUCCCAAAUUCAAAAAACGGCAAAGUUUAAAACGCUACUCAAGCGCCUCGAGAAAACUUUAAAAAACAUUGAGCCAAUAUUUUAUGGAAAUGGGGGAUUGAGCAUAGUGCUUGACCGUCCCCAAAAAGAGAUCAAAAUGUUCAUAUUUUAUGUGGAAAAUGGGAAAAAUUUAGUGCUGAAGUGCUCUAGGAUCAAGUGUUGGAAUGUGUACAAGAAGUUUAUUCACGCCAAUAAGCUCAUUCGAUUGGACAAUGAGCUACAGAGGUUCUUUCAGAUUGGAUUGGAAGAUAGGAAUCAUAGGAUAAUGAUUGGGAUUCAUGAUCUGGGAGACAAAAUGGAUCAAGUUCUUUCAGCUGUUACUGAGCGGGCGGGUGGAUUUUCUGGUUCUUGCAGUGUUCCCGGGCUCCCAGAUGUCAUCAUUGGCUUGGAUUAUCAUCUUGAAGAAUUGAAGCGUAGGCUGCUCAAAGAUGACAACCAGGUGUUGACGGUUUCAGCUCCUGGAGGCUGUGGGAAGACUACAUUGGCAAAGAUGGUUUGUCAUGAUAAUGAAAUUAAAGGUAUAUUUGGGGACAAUAUCUUUUAUGUUACUGUUUCCAGAACGGCGACUCUUAAGAGCAUCGUCCAAAAACUAUUUGUACAUCAUCUUAAUGUAAAGUGUUGCGAGUUUCAAACUGAUGAAGAGGCAAAGGACCAACUUGAAAACUUGAUGAAGCAAAUGGGGUCAGAGAACAUAUUGCUGGUCCUAGAUGAUGUGUGGUCCGAAUCUGAAUCCCUUAUUCAGGAUCUCAAGUUCCCAAUACCAGGAUACAAAAUCUUGGUUACAUCAAGAUUCUUGUUUCCGAGAUUUGGUUCCACAUAUGAAUUGAGCUUGUUAAAUGAUGAAGAUGCGAAAACCCUUCUUUGCCGUUCCGCAUUUCCCUAUGAUGGGAUCUUUAAUGUGCCAGAUGAUCUUGUGAGCAAGAUGGUCAAAUGCUGCAAAGGGUUUCCAUUGGCCCUUAUAGUGAUUGGUUCAUCACUAUGUGGGCAAGGUGUGGUCAAGUGGAGAACAACUUUGAAGAAAUGGUCAGAAGGUCAAUCUAUUUUUGAUUCAAGCAAACAGCUGUUGCUUAACCUUCGAGCCAGUGUUGAUGCACUCGAAGAGUUUCCUAUAGCCAGAGACUGCUUCCUUGACUUGGGUUCAUUUCCUGAAGAUGAAAGGAUUGCAGCCUCUGCUCUUAUGGAUAUGUGGGUGGAGUUGUAUAAUCUAGAUGAAGAAGGAAUAUAUACCAGUGAAUACCUUCUUGAACUCUCUUCAAGAAAUCUUUUGAGUCUUGUUCCUGCAAGGAAAGAUGCUAGUGAACUAGAAGGGUAUUGUAACGAGCAUUAUGUCACACAACAUGAUUUGCUAAGAGAAUUAGCCAUCCAUCUUAGUUGCCAGGAGCCGAUAACACAAAGAACACGAUUAUUGAUCGAAAUUCAUGGGAAUGACAUACCCACAUGGUGGAUUGAACAAUCGCAACAACCUUUCACUACCCGCCUCUUGUCUAUUACAACAGAUGAAGCAUUCUCCUCUAUUUGGUAUGAUCUAAAAGGACCGAAAGUUGAAGUUUUGGUACUGAACAUACGAAGUCAAAAAUACGCAUUGCCCUGGUUCAUCCAGAAAAUGAAUAAACUAAAAGUUUUGAACAUCACAAGCUACAGUAAUAAUUUUACCGAGUUGCACCAACUCUCAUUAAUUGGUUCUCUAUCCAACUUAAGAAGAAUAAGAUUCGAGCACCUCUCAAUUCCUCCCUUGAUCCAAUCCAUCUUCGAGUUCAAGAACUUAAAAAAGCUUUCCUUUAUCAUGUGUGAGAUUGGUAAUGCCUUUGAUAGUUGUACCAUCGAUGCUCCUUCUAUGCUGCCGAACCUCAUAGAGCUUGAAAUCGACCGUUGUUAUGAUUUUAAGGAAGUACCAGCAGCACUAUGUAAUAUUGAUCAUCUUCAGAAACUAAGCAUCACCAAUUGCCAUGAGCUGGAUGCUCUUCCUAAAGGGUUUGGGAGACUGUCGAAUUUGGAAACUCUGAGACUUGAUUCUUGUACGAAAUUAGCGGAAUUACCCAACUCAAUCGGGAACCUUGGUAGUUUGACUUUUCUUGAUAUAUCUGAUUGUUUGAGUAUAAGUUUCCUACCUCAUCAGAUUGGCGAGCUAACCGCACUAAGAGUGCUUAAGAUGAGCGGUUGUCGAGGAUUACAAGACUUACCCGCUUCUGUGACCAGUUUAUCCUCGUUAGAAGAUGUGAUAUGUGACGAAGAGACUUCGUAUUUAUGGAGAUUUUAUGAACAUGAUCUUUGUGAUUUGAAGAUAAAUAUUGUUGAAGAUGACCGAUUUGCAGACUUCAUGAAAAUUGUUGCCCAGUAAGGGUGCAUGCGUUUGGCAUGCAGACUACAUGGGACGGGACGGGACAAAAAAGAAUAGUCUCAUGUUUGGCAUGCCAUGGACUACCUAGAUUCCCUCUAGCAAACAAGAGGGUAAUGGCUAGGAGACGGAAAGCCGGUUCUUCACCAGAUCAGGUAUGGUUAGGCCUAAACGGGGCCGGUUUGGGGUUGGCUACGGACCUCCUUUUCUAGUGGAUCGAAGAUGGGUCAAGGAGUCUAGACCACAGGACCAGUUAAGAUGGCUACUAAAACUGCAUUUUUGAUGAUAAAACUCCUUGGUAAAACAGGGAAAGAAAAGGAAAGGCCAAUCGGAAUUUCUCAAAACCAAGAGGAGAGGCCUUGGGGCUUCUCUCCGGUUCUAAGUCUUCUCAGGGUGCUCUCAGGAUUUUUCUGAUUGUUUUCUUCAAGGCGUUAAGGAAUUAGUUUGGAUGUGCGCAAAAUGACCACAGGUGGGUUGCAAAAAUAGAAUUCCGUAAAGAUGUUUACAAUCUGUUGGGUGAUAAAAAGAUACAUCAAGAAGAAACAACACCAAAACCAAGACUUAGGCCUUUGGGGCUCUUCCCAUAGGUCAUUGGUUCGAGUCUCUCCAAGCCAAUGUCGAUCUUCUUGGUUGUUCUCCAGGGUCCCAUGGAAUUAGUCGAGAUGGCCCAAAUACCCAUCGUUACCAGAGGAAAACACCAAAACCAAAAUUUGGACAAGAAGACAACAAUGACAAAGGAAAUGCAAGGGUGAUUGAAGAAGUUUGAAAGCAUAAACGGAUAAACCAAAGGGGUGUUUGGCCUCGCGGUAUCUGGAUCUUUGUCCUCCUACGAAGUCAAGGUUCAAAUAUAAGAGGGUGUGAGUUUAUGUGACGUAUAUAAAUUUUAUAUACUUCAAAAAGAAGUUAGUGAGCCCAGAAAUCACUGUCAUGGACUCUUAUGUGAAUAUUGGAAUGAUUUAAGAAAUGCACAUGGCAAGUGAAUGAAUGAUUAGCUCAAGUGUAGCCUUUGGGAAUUUUCCUCGGAAAUCACUAGUUCGAGUUCUGCAA